UAUGGGGCUGGGAGCCGCCAUGCUCUAUGAUGCGCGGCGGGGGCCGCAGCCGCAGAAGCACCGAGGAGGCCCAGCAGCUGCGCGGCCAGUCUGUGCUGAGUGGUUUCUGGAGCAGAGUCUUUCUCAUCACUCAGUCCAGGGAAGCCUGUCUCGUAGUUGGGAUUUGGGGUGCCAAUUCUGCCGCCUCCCGAUCUCCCAUGGCGCUGAAGGCAGAGGCUCCCUUGACGGACUACGCUGAGGUCUCCCGCUUCAGGGAGAAGGAGAAGAUGGCUGCUGAUUAUCGACUCCUGCGCCGCUCUUCAGGGAGGCAGGAGGCAGCCCUUGUAAACCCCAUGGACAAAGGACAAUACCCAUUUUCAGAAUCUGCUGGCCAGGAUGAGCUCGGGAUCUCCUGGAAGCAGGAAUACCUGGUUGCCGAGAACCCGGACGAUGGCCGGCUGGUGUGCAUGGUGUGCGGGGGCAUCUUGGCCACCUCCGGCCCCGCGGCGGCCCGUCAGCACAUCCUGCAGCAGCACGCCCACUCGCUGGACUUCACCCUGGAGGAGAAACGCAACAUCCUGGAGGGCUGGAGCGAAGGAGGCGUGCUGCCCGCCGUCGAUUCGCCCCCGGCAGCAGAGGGGUUGAACUUGGAAGCUGAGCGGCGACUUUCGGUUCGACAGAGGCCGCCCGCCAAGGAUUCGAGGGGCCAGGAGCCCAUGAAGGCUGCAGGAAAGGAGUGGCUGUCAGAAUGCGGACUUCCCAGUUCGGCUCCGGCUGAAAUCCGCAUUUUCACCGACGGCUCUUUCCCAGCUGGAUUCACCCUAAAGCUGUACUGCCGUUCUCAGCCAGAACCAUCGCAAGGCACGGGAGCUAAGGCAAACGCAAGGAAAAAAACAGUGGAUCGCAACUGCUCCGUCUCCCUGCUGCGGCUCCACUCCAGGGACGCUGGCGGUCACCUCCACCCAAGCCAGGACACCCUCUCUCCCCGUUGCCCGCUGGGCAGCUCCGCCGACAGCCGCCCCAAAGACUGUGGGGCAGUUCGGGGAGCGGCCAAACGGGGAGCCCCUGCUGGCAAGGAGGCCUCCACUGCCCUCGGGAAAGGCUUCAACCCCUCGUGGCGCGCUCGGUUCCUGGUGGACUUCGACGACGCCACCGGCCACCUGGUGUGCAUGGUUUGCGAGUACCCGUUGCGGCGCGUCUGCCUGGCCACCGUCAAGCAACACAUCCUCCAGUGCCACGCCGAGACGCUGCAGAUGCCCCGCGAAGUCCGGCGUACCAUCCGCGAAGUCUGGGAGAACCGGUGCCAGCCCUCCGCCCAGGCCCCGAGGAAGUGACGGGCUUCUCCAUCCCACUUGACUUUCUCGGGAAGCCGCAAGAGAAAGGGUUAAAAAGAGACCAAAUUCUGUUGGACCAGGCAGGCGCCAUGGGGCGGAGCUUGAGGGAAGGAGGCUCCACCCCUCCUCAGAAGCCCCGCCCCCAACACUAUCACUCCCCUCUCCCUCGCUGGAGAACUGAACAGAUUCUAACUCUGCCGCCAUUUUUCAACUCUUAAUUCUGCUUUUUUUUUUAUACGCACAACACACACAUAUAUAUAUAUUAUUUGUUUCUGUUUUCAGCUUUGUUUUCCCAUCCUAAGCAGAAGCAGUUCUGAUUUCUCUUUCAGGCCGCAGCCUUAUUUUUAUUUUUUCACACCGCCACGGAGAACGGAGUCAACGCUAAGUCAGCGAGUGGAGAGGGGAGAUUGUUGCCACUGCCUUCCCCUUAUUACAGGGUCUGUUUAUUGAAAAAGAAAAGAUAAAAGUAAAGGGAACUCAGGGGGAAAAUCUUUUUUUUUUUUCAGUUGCAGUCUGAUC